UUUUAGCACAUGCAAAAAGGCCAUUGCGUCCCCUCUUACCAAUCUUGCCUAACAGACCAAUUGCACCCAUUCCUACUAGCAAUGCUAAGGCUUUGGUUCCCAAUAUUGCUCCAACGAGAGAAGAUGGUUUAAGAAAUGGAUUCACUCCUAAUCAAAUUGGCCAGUUGUAUUGUUUGAUACAUGAGCACGUGCAACUUCUUAUUCAGAUAUUUUCUCUUUGUGUUCUUGAUCCUUCUCGACAGUACAUUGCAACCCAAGUUCAGGGAUUGAUAUUCGAGAUGCUUUGCAAACGCAAAGAAUUAGUAGCAUGCAGAAGUGAAGCACAUCCUGAUUUUUGCUUUUCUCGUCCGUAUAUUUGCUCAUCAGUGCUGAGUGAAGUACCCCAAGUUUCCCCAGUUCAAUGUGUGUCUGGAUCAUCUUCAAAAUUUGAUUCACAGGGUUUUGUCUCUCCAAACACCCAGAUACCAACGCCUCAAAACAUUUUCACUUCUGAGGGAAGAUAUGAUCAACAUUUUAAUGGGACUGCUUUUCAAGCAGUUGGGUGCUGGAUACCUGUUAUAAAUGGUCCUGUAUUUUCUGUUAUGGAUGUAGCUGCAUUGAAUUUAGUUGGAAAAUAUAUGGAUGAUGUUUGUACUGCUGUUCACGAAUAUCAUCGGCGUCAUGUGGAAUCCAGUUGUGAUAAUUACUAUGAAAGAGAGCCUUUAUUUCCUCUUCCUUGUUUAUUGCCAUUGGCUGAGGCAAAUAGUUUUAGAGGAAGCAGUCCUCCAACUGCCAAUCCAGGGGCAUCUUCUUCCAGCCAACAACCUAGGAAGACACUGGCUGCUACACUUGUUGAAAGUUCCCAGAAGCAGUCUGUUGCUUUAGUCCCAAAGGAAAUUGCCAAGUUAGCACAGAGAUUUUUUCCACUGUUUAAUCCAUCACUAUUUCCACAUAAGCCACCGCCUGCUGCUGUUGCAAAUCGAGUGCUUUUUACUGAUUCUGAGAUGAGUGAGUUGCAUUGUUUGUUUUCCUUUUAUUUGUCAGAUAUCUUG